GCUCCGGGUCUCUGCCCCUUUAAGGACGAGCGCGCAACGGCGCCGUUUGCUCCUGGACGGCUUCCGUCUGCCGCCCUCACAUGACCAAACACAGCGGCCGCGCGGGUCUCGCUGCUUCCGGUGCGGAGCCUCUGAUAGUCGGACCCGAGAGGUAGCUCGGUCCAGAGCAGCAGCACAUCAUGGAGUGCACAGCACUGGAGAGUCUCAUCGAGAUGGGCUUCUCCCAGAACAGAGCGGAGAAGGCGCUGGCGCUGACAGGGAACCAAGGCAUCGAGCAGGCCAUGGACUGGCUCAUGGAGCAUGAGAAUGACCCUGACGUGGAUGAGCCAUACGUGCCUCCCCAGGGCCAUGUUUUGGGCACGGAGGAGCCCCCCGAGGGAAGCACCCCCGAGCCCGUGGAAGCCAGAGCAGAUCGUGUGGAGGAGGGCUCGGCGGAGGGAGAUGACAAGCACCCCCUGACUGAGGAGGAGAAGAGGGAACAGACCAAGCGGAUGAUGGAGCUGAUCGCGCAGAAGCAGCGGGAGAGGGAGGAACGGGAGAAGCGGGAGACUAUUGAGCGGGAGAAGCAGCGGCGCAAGCAGGGCCAGGAGCUUUCCAUGAUCCGCCAGAAGCUGCAGGAGGACGAGAUGAAGAAGAUGGCAGAGGAGAGACGCAGGGAGAAGAUGGAGGAGAAGCUGGCCAAGCAGCGGGUGCGUGAGAAGAUCGAGCGGGACAAAGCAGAGCGAGUCAAGAAGUUUGGAGGUGGCAGCAGCUCCCAGGCCCCAGCCGAGCCAGCCCAGGAGAUACUGGUGCCCUCGUCCCCCAGCCAGGAACCGCCCACGAAGAGAGAGUAUGACCAGUGCCGAAUACAGGUGAGACUGCUGGACGGGACGUCGCUCAUGCAGACCUUCAAGGCCAAGGAGCAGCUGGCAGCUGUGCGGCUGUAUAUAGAGCUGAACCGCAAGGAUGGUGGGGAGCCCUUCCACCUCCUCACCAGCUUCCCUCGCCGUAUCUUCACGGACGAGGACAUGGAGAAGCCCUUGCAGGAGCUGGGUUUGGUGCCUUCGGCCGUUCUCAUAGUGGCCAAGAAGUGUAACAGCUGAAGGAUGCCUUGGCUCAUGCGUGCUGUGACAGGAACUCCCUCCCCACCCUGGCCCUGGAUUCCUGUGGUUCCCUCUGCCACCCGCACACCGUGGUUCUGCCCCUCCCCCUGCCCGACUGAGCCCAGAGAAGUGACUGACCAUUUCGCCUCUCCAGGACUGGAACCCAGCAGAGCGGCUGCGGGGGGCUUUGUGUCCAGCUUCCCUGGGGGAGUGCCACAGCGCGAGCCCCAGCACCAGGGACACUAAUAAACAUCAUCUGUUCUGCUGCU